AUGGCGCAAGCGAACCCCAACGCCAUCAACGUCAACGAUCCAGGCUUGAUCACACUCGUCAACAAGCUGCAAGAUGUCUUCACCACAGUCGGCGUUCAAAAUCCUAUAGACUUGCCUCAGAUCGUUGUGGUAGGGUCGCAAUCAAGUGGCAAGAGCUCCGUAUUGGAAAACAUAGUUGGGCGAGACUUCCUACCUCGAGGCACAGGCAUUGUCACCCGGCGACCCCUCGUACUGCAACUCAUCAACCGCGCACCUUUACCAAAGACACAGGCGAACGGCAUACCCGAUGGCGACACCGAGAUCAAGACCACCGACGCCGCCAGCAACAUCGAAGAGUGGGGCGAGUUCCUACACAUACCCGGCCAGAAGUACUACGACUUCAACAAGAUCCGAGAAGAGAUCGUACGCGAGACGGAAUCAAAGACGGGUCGAAAUGCUGGCAUCUCCCCUGCACCGAUCAACCUGCGGAUAUACAGCCCAAACGUGCUCACACUGACGCUGGUGGAUCUGCCUGGGUUGACGAAAGUACCUGUUGGAGACCAACCUAGAGAUAUUGAGAAGCAGAUUCGAGAGAUGGUGAUGAAGCAGAUCAGCAAACCGAAUGCUAUCAUACUGGCCGUGACUGCGGCGAAUACAGAUUUGGCGAACUCGGAUGGCUUGAAGCUGGCACGAGAAGUGGACCCGGAAGGUCAAAGAACGAUUGGGGUGCUCACGAAGGUCGACCUGAUGGAUGAAGGUACCGACGUGGUGGACAUUCUCGCCGGCCGCAUUAUCCCGCUACGGUUAGGCUACGUACCCGUCGUCAAUCGCGGCCAACGCGACAUUGAGACCAAGAAAGCCAUCUCCGCCGCGCUAGAGAACGAGCGCAACUUCUUCGAGAACCACAAAGCCUACCGCAACAAGGCCUCUUACUGUGGUACACCCUACCUCGCGCGCAAACUCAACCUCAUCUUGAUGAUGCACAUCAAACAGACCCUCCCGGACAUCAAAGCCCGCAUCCAAGCCUCCCUCCAAAAAUACAGCGCCGAGCUCACCUCCCUAGGCUCCGACGGCAUGCUCGGCAACAGCGCGAACAUCGUCCUGAACAUUAUCACCGAGUUCUCCAACGAAUACCGCACCGUGCUCGAAGGCCACAAUGCCGAACUCUCCUCCGUCGAACUCUCCGGCGGCGCCCGCAUCUCCUUUGUCUACCAUGAACUGUACAGCAACGGCGUCAAAGCCGUCGACCCCUUCGACCAAGUCAAGGACAUCGACAUCCGCACCAUCCUCUACAACUCCUCCGGCUCCUCCCCCGCGCUAUUCGUGGGCACAACCGCCUUCGAACUCAUCGUCAAACAGCAAAUCAAACGGCUCGAAGAACCAUCCAUCAAAUGCGUAAGCCUAGUCUACGACGAAUUGGUUCGGAUUCUAGGUCAACUCCUCACCAAACCCCUCUUCCGCCGCUACCCUUCCCUGAAAGAACGCUUCCACGGCGUCGUAAUCUCCUUCUUCAAGAAAGCCAUGGAUCCCACCAACAAGCUCGUCCGCGACCUCGUGGCAAUGGAGAGCUGCUACAUCAACACGGGACAUCCUGACUUCCUCAACGGCCACCGCGCCAUGGCGAUCGUGAACGAGAAGCACCAAGCCGCUAAACCGGUCCAAGUCGAUCCCAAGACCGGCAAACCUCUCCCUCCAUCUGCUGCAACUGCGCAGCCCCCACGGAGCGCGAGUCCGAGUUUGGACCUGAACGGAAGUGCGAACGGGGAGGGGAGUGGCUUUUUCGGGAGCUUUUUCGCGAGUAAGAACAAGAAGAAGAUGGCUGCGAUGGAGCCGCCGCCGCCGACGUUGAAGGCGAGUGGGACGUUGUCGGAGAAGGAGACGCAGGAGGUUGAGGUGAUCAAACUUCUCAUCACGUCUUAUUACAAUAUCGUGCGGAGGACGAUGAUUGAUAUGGUGCCCAAGGCGAUCAUGCUUAAUCUUGUCGAGCACACGAAGGAGGAAAUGCAGCGGGAGUUGCUGGAGCAGAUGUACCGCACGCAGGAACUGGAUGAUUUACUCAAGGAGAGCGAUUAUACCGUCCGGAGGCGGAAGGAGUGUCAGCAGAUGGUGGAGAGUCUGUCGAGGGCAAGCGAGAUUGUUAGUCAGGUGCAAGCUCGUCCUUCCUUCUUCGACCUCAUCCUGCACAAGGACAUUGAGCGUUUGUCCACCGCUCCCACUCCGCCACCUCCUCCACCUUCAGCCUUCGAUAGGCAAGCUUCAGCAAAGAAGCUCCGAGCGCCGCCACUGUCUCUCCACAUCGGUGAGCAUCACUUAUCGGCCGACGACGAGCACCACCCAGUCCAGGUAGCUUUACCGCCGAGUCCUGAGCUUCCCUCGUCGCCUCCACCGCCUUAUAGCGUGGCAGUAGAAGCCCACACGCCACAAACAAACCAGGCAGCAGAAGCCAACCAGCCACCUCCACCUCCCCCUCCCCCCACCAACACCGCCGCCAUGGGCUCCAAAGGCCAAGAUGAAGAACGCCAACACGGCUCCAUCUUCUCCGUCUCCGGCCCCGUCAUCGUCGCCGAAAACAUGAUCGGCUGCGCCAUGUACGAGCUCUGCAAAGUCGGCCACGACCAGCUCGUCGGCGAGGUCAUCCGCAUCGACGCCGACAAAGCCACCAUCCAAGUCUACGAAGAGACGGCCGGCGUCACCGUCGGCGACCCCGUCGUGCGCACCGGCAAACCCCUCUCCGUCGAGCUCGGCCCGGGUCUGAUGGAGACCAUCUACGAUGGGAUCCAGCGACCGCUCAAGGGCAUCAGUGACGUGAGUAAGAGCAUCUACAUCCCCCGCGGGAUCGACGUGCCGAGUUUGAACCGUGAGAAGAAGUGGGACUUUACUCCCAGCGACAAGUUCAAGGAGGGCGAUCAUAUCACCGGGGGUGAUGUGUGGGGUAGUGUGUACGAGAAUAGUUUGUUGUACGAUCAUAAGAUCUUGCUGCCGCCGCGGGCGAGGGGUACGAUUACGAGGAUGCCGAAGAAGGGGAGUUAUACGGUGGACGAGAAGAUUUUGGAGCUCGAGUUUGAGGGCAAGAAGACGGAGUAUGGCAUGAUGCAUCAGUGGCCGGUGCGAGUGCCGAGGCCGACGACGGAUAAGUUGAGCAGUCAGGAGCCGUUCAUUGUUGGGCAGAGAGUGCUCGAUGCCUUGUUCCCGAGUGUCAUGGGUGGGACGGUGUGCAUCCCUGGUGCUUUCGGGUGCGGGAAGACGGUUAUCAGUCAGUCUGUUUCGAAGUUUUCGAACUCCGAUAUUAUCGUUUACGUUGGCUGCGGUGAACGUGGUAACGAAAUGGCGGAAGUGCUCAUGGACUUCCCUGAGCUCACCAUCACCGUCGAAGGCCGCCAAGAACCGAUCAUGAAGCGCACUUGCCUCAUCGCCAACACCUCCAACAUGCCCGUCGCCGCGCGCGAAGCCUCCAUCUACACGGGAAUUACCGUGGCCGAAUAUUUCCGCGAUCAAGGCAAAGCCGUCGCCAUGAUGGCGGACAGCACCUCGCGCUGGGCCGAAGCUCUGCGUGAAAUCUCCGGUCGUUUGGGUGAAAUGCCGGCAGACCAAGGUUUCCCCGCCUAUCUCGGUGCGAAGCUGGCCUCCUUCUACGAACGAGCCGGCCGCGUCGUCUCCCUCGGCUCUCCCGAGCGCAAAGGUUCCGUCUCCAUCGUCGGCGCCGUCAGCCCACCUGGUGGCGACUUCUCCGAUCCUGUCACCAGCUCCACGCUGGGUAUCGUGCAAGUCUUCUGGGGUUUGGACAAGAAGCUCGCCCAGCGCAAACACUUUCCCUCCGUCAACACCUCCAUGUCCUACUCCAAAUACACUACCACACUGGAGAACUACUACGUGAAAGAAAUGCCCGAAUUCCCACGCCUCCGCGAUCGGAUCAGAGAGCUCCUCUCCACCUCCGAAGACCUCGACCAAGUCGUGCAACUCGUUGGCAAAUCCGCGCUAGGCGAUUCGGACAAGAUCACCCUCGACGUGGCCACUUUGAUCAAGGAGGACUUUUUGCAGCAGAACGGGUACUCGGAAUACGAUCAGUUCUGCCCGCUGUGGAAGACGGCGUGGAUGAUGCGCGCGAUGAUGGGCUUCCACGAUGAGAGUCAGAAGGCUAUUCAGCAGGGGCAGAGUUGGGUGAAGGUGAGGGAAGCGACGGCGGAUAUUCAGAAUCGACUCCGGAGUAUGAAGUUUGAGGUGCCGAGUGAGGGCGAGGAGAAGGUGGGGAAGCGGUAUGAGGAUUUGAUGCAGAAGAUGCAGGAGAAGUUUGCGAGUGUUGUUGAUGAGUAG